GCACCAUGCUAAUCCCAACUAAGCUCACGCAAACACAACUACACAACAACAUCUCCCCAGUGGUCAGCAGCUCAGAACACCCCAGACCAAGUUAGCAAUGGCGAAGCGCCUCGCCGUCGCCCUCCUGCUGCUGGUCCUGCUCGCGUCCAGCGACGCCGGUGCUGCUGCCCGUGCUGCUAUUGGCGUCGGCGAGAAGAAGGCUCUGGUGCCCGGGCUGCCGGUGGACCUCCCUCUCCCUGGCCUCCCCGGGCUGCCUGGGCUCCCUGGGCUCCCUGGGCUGCCGGGGCUCCCUGGGCUCCCUCCCGUUCCCAAAUUGACGGCCACCAACAAGUCUCCAUGAUCGUCUGUGGUGUACGUGCUGGCUAACAUGCAAGCUGAAGCUGAACUACUUGUGGGUUUAGACUUGCAGCUGUAGCACGUACCGGCCGGAAGAAAAUCACCGGCGCUUCGCUCAAGCGUCUGUACCAACUACUAUCUUUGUCGUGUGUAUUUCCGUUCAGUUAAACCAUCGUGUGUAUUUCCUUUCAGUUAAACUAUCGUAUGUAUUUCCUUUCA